CAAGCUUUGUUCUUCUGAAGCAGACAUCGAGUUAGGCUUCCUGCGACGUUUAGAUUGAAUAGUCUUCUUUUAUUUUGUUUUCAAGUAUAUCUUUCUGACUUUUAAAAAUUUGGCCUAAAAUACAAAAUUAAUCUUGAUUUACUCAACUUCACCUGCAAGCUUUUAGUGUCGGUUGAUCGCAAGCCAGAUAGUUAUUUUGACAGUAUCCCCCGUGUUUUUUCACUUCCCCCACAACGAUAAGAUUUUAUUUGACCAAGAUAGGCGGCUCGGGUACUAAGAUGUCGAACCGAAUGGUGUGCAGAGAAGCAAGUCACGCCGGCAGCUGGUACACCGCCUCAGGUUCCCAGCUGAAUGCACAGCUAGAGGGCUGGUUAUCUCAAGCACAAUCCUCAAUUGGACCUGCUAGAGCCAUCAUAGCACCGCAUGCCGGAUACACCUAUUGUGGAGCUUGUGCGGCACAUGCCUACAAGCAGGUGGAUCCCUCGAUCACGAGGAGGGUGUUCAUUCUGGGACCCUCGCACCACGUGCCCUUGUCUCGUUGUGCACUGUCGCCUGCUGAAAUCUAUAGAACACCUCUAUACGACCUGAGGAUCGACCAAAAAAUUUAUGCUGAACUCUGGAAAACUGGAAUGUUUGAGAGGAUGAGCCUGCAGACAGAUGAAGAUGAGCACAGCAUUGAAAUGCACCUGCCUUAUACUGCUAAAGCCAUGGAGAGCCAUAAAGACGAGUUCAGCAUCGUCCCUGUGCUGGUCGGUGCUUUGAGUGAGUCGAAAGAACAGGAGUACGGGAAGCUGCUCAGCAAAUACCUGGCGGACCCCGCCAACCUCUUCGUUAUUUCCUCUGACUUCUGCCAUUGGGGUCAGAGGUUCCGUUAUACUUACUAUGAUGAAAGUCAAGGAGAGAUCUACAGAUCCAUCGAGCACCUUGACAAGAUGGGCAUGGGCAUUAUAGAACAAUUGGAUCCUAUGUCCUUUAGUAACUACUUGAAGAAAUACCACAACACUAUCUGUGGACGUCACCCUAUAGGAGUGUUGCUAAAUGCUGUGGCCGAGCUGAAGAAAAGCGGAGUAGAAAUGAACUUCUCUUUCCUGAACUAUGCUCAGUCAAGCCAAUGCCGGAACUGGCAGGACAGCUCCGUGAGUUACGCUGCUGGAGCACUUGUUGUUCAUUGAGGUGAACUCUUGUUGGAGCUAGUAGCAGCUCCAGUAAAUUCCCCAGAACCCCGAUCCUUUCCCUAAAACCUAGUUCUCCCGCCUCUCUCCAUUUCCUAAUAUGGAUUACCCACAUCCCUCUUUCCCCUUUACCUGCCUUUUCUAGAGGAAGGACCUAAGAAGCCUGAGAGCGACUGGGAUCCUUUAACCCACAGAGCUGAGCUGUAACACAUUAGAUAUUAACCCCCUACUCUUCUACCACAGCUCUUCCUCCCUCUCAUCCUCAGCAUUACUAUACUCUGUUCUUUGAGUGAGACUACUUGGUUGAAAUUAUAGCUUGAAUUGCAGUUGAAGACGAUGUGGGCUGGACUUUAGUUUUGGGGGGGGGUUUUUUGUUUGUUUUUUUUGAGCUCUGGGCUGAACUUAUGAGAGAGUUGGAUAUGUUUGGGUUCCUACAGGAACUCCUGGUGUCCACUCUCUCCUUAUGUAAUCCCAAGCAAGCAAGACAUUAUGAUUCAGAUGCAGUUGAAAUAAAGGAAAAGUAUAAAUAUUUACAUAGCACUCUUUGCAAAUGUGUGCAUAUGUAUUUUACUUAAUAAGAAAAUAAUAAUAAUAAAAAAAAGUCAAUAUAUCAUCAGUGAUGUGUGAUAAAGAUGAAAAGGAAUGAGUUGAUUGACUGCUACUUGCUAUGUCCAUGUAAAACCUUGAGAAUAGCAGUUUAGGUAGCUACUGCCAUCAGUGUUCAUAAGCAUACUGUUGUAGUUGCUAACAAAGGGCUACACACUCUCAAAUUCACUAACCCUCUGCUGUACAAGAUACCAAAAACCCUGUUUUUUUUUUAUUCUCGUUUUUAUGUUAGUCAAUUAAAACGUCUUAUUUUCCUCCAAUUCUUACUAUGUUCCCUUUUUCUCCUUUUUGUUUUCAUUAUUUAGCGUAUUGUUGUUUUUAAUUAUUCUUUUACAUUGCAUAUAUCUACUAGCACUGUGGCAGCACGUUAGACUUCAGGCUAAACAGCUUGGCCUUUGAAUUCAUAGUGAGGUGGGACUAUGUCCAGAUGCCAUGCUAGCAGUGUUACAUUAUAAAUGACUCAAUGGCGUUCACUGCGAAAAGGGCAUCUGGCAUGCAGUUAGAGAUGAAGCACUGUUUUCCCUGUCUCUUUCCUACUUUAGCGUAUCAGCUAACCCCCCUAAUGCCCGGUUUUCUCCUCUCUUUAUGAGCACAAAGCGAGACGCCUUCACCUCAACACACUUGACUCACAACUGUUCGAUAGAAAAUGGCUAUGCCUGCCCGCCCCCCUCCCCAACCCCAAACGUUACUACCAUCCUUUAAGGUUUGAAUAUGCCAGACCUCAUCUCCAAACAGAUAGAAAGCAUGACAUACCAUGCAGAUGUGCCUUGGCUCAAUGUUAUAUGUUUCCGAAUGAGGUGUUGAUUUUUUUUUUGUGUGUGUGUGUUUCUUUGGCUCUUUGAUUGUCCUGUGCUUAUUUCCGACUCGUGUAAGUCCAGCCCUCUUCACAAAAGGCACGUCCAACUCCGUACUCUCCACACGUUUGAUUGGCUGUUUUUACUGCAAAUCCCUCUGUCUCCCUCCCUCCCUCUCUCUCUCUCUCUCUCUCUCUCUCCAUCUGGAGGGAGAGCUGUUGUCAUGUCUGUCUCACCAGUUAUUUUGUCUGAGAGCACAGCACAAUUCUGUUCUGGAUGACAUUACUCUUGUGUUAAACUGUUAGUAUUGUUGUUGUUUGUUUUUUUUUCCUUUUUUAAAAAAAUCAAUUUAGUACCAUUUAUUAUGAUUACAUUUUAUUGCUUAGAGAUUACACAGUUCACGCGUUGUCACAAGCUAUGUGGAGGAAUCAACUGAAGCACUCCUCUAUGGAGUCAUUUUUGAAUCUCAGGUUCCAUUGAUUAAGCAUUGCAGAAUGCUUGCCAGAUAUGACAAGGGUCAUGGAUGAUGUUGCAAA